GAGUCCUCGGCACCGAGGUCGAGCCGGUGGAGCCAGACGAGAAGGAUGUCGAGAGGCGGUUCAAGCCCACCGCCGAGGCGCCCUCGGUGACCCCGACAUCCGCGCGGGGCGAUGCGCCGACGUCGGCCAGAGCUGGAGGCGCCUUCCCGGCCACGCCCCGAUCGGCGAGGGGCCCAGCGCAGACGCCCCGCACCGCCAGGAGAACCCCCGCGGAG